AUGAGUGAGGAGACAUUGUUUCAAGAUAGGAAAACCCAAGAAAAAACGCCCGUUUAUCAGGCAAAUAGCAUAUAUUCACCAAAUGUAUCAUAUCAUUAUAAUCCAAAAGUUUCUGAAUAUCAUUAUGGUGUAAAACAUCCAAUGAAACCAUUUAGAUUAAUGCUUACGGAUCAUUUAGUUAUUGGUUAUAAAUUAUAUGAAAAAAUGGAUUUAUAUAUACCCAAAGCUGCUAGUAAAGAUGAAUUAUUAGAAUUUCAUUCAGAAGAUUAUAUUGAUUUUUUACAAAAAGUUACACCUGAUAAUGUAUCAAAAUAUUCAAAUUUAUUAAAAGAAUUCAAUAUUGGUGAUGAUUGUCCUGUAUUUGAUGGGUUUUAUGAUUAUAGUUCCAUUUAUACAGGUGCUUCAUUAGACGCUACCCAAAAAUUAAUUAGUGGAGCAUCAGAUAUUGCAAUUAAUUGGUCUGGUGGAUUACAUCAUGCUAAAAAAUCAGAACCAAGUGGAUUUUGUUAUGUUAAUGAUAUUGUUUUAUCUAUAUUGGAUUUAUUAAGAUAUCAUCCAAGAGUAUUAUAUAUAGAUAUUGAUUUACAUCAUGGUGAUGGUGUUCAAGAAGCUUUUUAUACAACAGAUCGUGUUAUGACUGUUAGUUUCCAUAAAUAUAAUGGAUUAUUUUUCCCUGGAACUGGUAAUGUUGAUGAAACUGGUGUUGGUAGAGGGAAACAUUAUGCUAUAAAUGUACCAUUAAAUGAUGGGAUUGAUGAUGAAUCUUAUAUACGGCUUUUCAAAUCAGUUAUGGACCCACUGAUAACAAAUUUCAAGCCAACAGUUAUUGUACAACAAUGUGGUGCUGAUUCUCUUGGUGGUGAUAGAUUAGGAUGUUUUAACUUGAAUAUAAAAGCACAUGGUGAAUGUGUUAAAUUUAUCAAGAGUUUUGGAUUACCAUUAUUAGUAUUAGGUGGAGGUGGUUAUACUCCAAGAAAUGUAUCAAGAUUAUGGUGUUAUGAAACAAGUAUCUUAACAGAUGUUACAUUAGAUUCUAAAUUACCAGAUGUUUUACCAUUUAGAAAUUUUUUCAAUCCAGAUUGUUCAUUACAUCCAAAUUUAGGUGAUAAAUUAGAUAAUAAAAAUUCAAGAAAAUAUUUAGAAAAUGUUCGUAUUAAAAUUUUGGAAGAAUUAAGAUAUUUAAAUGGUGCACCAAGUGUUCAAAUGAAUGAAAUCCCACCGGAUUUUAAUAAAUUAUCAGCUGAAGAAGAAGCUGAAAUUAAUGAAUUAAAUAAUGAAGAAAGAAUGAUUAUAGAUGCUAAAGAUAAUGCAAGAAUUGGUGAAUUAGAGGCUUGA